CUGCUCCUCGAGGUUCCUGGAUCCUGGGAAGAAUUACAAAUACUUAUCCAGACAAAAAUGGACUGGUGCGUGCUGUGCAGUUGAGGACAAAGACGGGCCUGCUGGAAAGGCCCAUAUCCAAAAUCUUCCUCCUUCAAGAAGCCCUGUGAAGCAGAAGAAGAAAAUAAGAAGAUGCUUGGGACUAUACAUUUUUGUGGCUCCUUUUUUGGUGUUUGUUGAAUUGUGCUGUAUACACAAUUGGGGCCGGUGUAUAGGAGCCAUUUGUAGRUCUGGGUGUUCUGGGUAUAGUUUGGGUUCUUAUUUUGCUUUUAUAGUUCAUUUUGGUUUGGUGGCAGUGUUUGUUUAUUUGGAUUGACACUUUGACCUAUAUUUUUGCUCUACCACUGGUGGRGGUGUGGAGGGGAAAUCUAUAUAGGUGGCAAGGUGAGAAGGAAAGGUGAAGGGUGUAGGGAGGU